AUCUCUUGCUUUUUGAAGUAUUUGCUUCCUAAUUGCUUUCUUGGUAAAUCUUACGUGAACUUCCCUUGGCAGUUGAUUUCUCACUGCAUAUCUUAUAUAAACUCGAAAUGUUUCUUCUAUAACAUCAGCCAUCUUCUCUUGGGUUAGGUCAAGGACGUUUGUCAGAAUUUCUAUCAUUAUUUGUAACAAGUUUUCACCUUUUUCUUCUUUUAUAUUUUGAAAUCUUAAAAAGAAUCCUGACCUUUCGAUCUCCCAAUUCAGUAUUCCAAUAUUAUCCUUUUCCACCAGGCUUAGUCUAUCAAUCUCUCCAAUUUUCUUCUCUCUUUGGUCACCCUUUUCUUCAAUUAUUUGUAGCCUAUCUUCGUAUUUCAUCACCAUUUGGUGAAUAUUAUCAAUUUUUUCAUCAGUUUUAACUGCUUUACGUGCAUGUUAAAAUCAUCUUCUACAAGAACUUUAGCAGUAUGAAUAGCUGGGCUUCUGGAUCUCAGCCUGUUCAACUCCAGGAGGGCUUCGUCAAUCAAUAUUGGCAGCUGGGAAUUACCAAUAAUAUUGGGGGUGGUUUGUUCUUUUGAGUUUGCUCUUCCACUUCUGAACGUUUCAACACCAGCCUAGGUAACAUCGUGAUGGUGUAAUGUAGCCCAGUGACAAAACGUUCUGAAGCUGAACAGGAAGCUGGGAGAACAAACCACAACAUCCACCACGUUUCCUCUCAUUACCAAUCAUCUUCACGUGUUCUCGGAGGAAGGCAGCUUCUGUCUUACUUCCAGAGUGGCCUAGGACUCAAAACAGGCAGACGGUAUGUGGGAAGUCCUUUGAAUCUCCCCAUGAGCAUUGGGGGAGCAUUGACUCUCACAACUGUGAAACCCUCCCUGGAAUUUCUGUUCUCCUUUCAGCAACUGCAGAUCCUGGGGAAUUACCAGUUCCUGAUCCAAGACAUCUGCAUCACCCUCGUGGUUUGCCUCACAAUGAACCUGACCCACGCCUACCCCAAACUGUCCCCCUACCGCCCCCCCGGACGGCUGCUCUCUCCGCCGCUGCUCCUCUCCGUUCUCUUCAACGCGGCCCUCAGCAUCCUGCUCCAGGUCUUCGCCUUCUUCUACGUGCGGCGGCAGGCUUGGUACUCGCGGCUGCGGGGCCACUGUGGGUGCCCUUUGGGAAACCAGACCAGCUGCCCAGGCAACGGGACGGCCACAGCGCAGGAGAGCCGCAUUCUGAGCUACGAGGCCACCACCCUGUGGCCCCUGGUGACCCUCAGCUGCAUCGCCUUCGCCUUCAUCUUCUCCAAGGGGAGACCCUUCCGGAAGCCCAUCUACACUAACUAUAUCUUCUCUGGCAUGCUGUGUCUCCAACUGGGGGUCUCCCUGUUCCUCUUCUUUGCCGACCUUGAGGGGGUCUAUCAGAGGAUGGAGCUUCUCUGCACCCCAACCCUCUGGAGGGUCUACGUCCUGAUUAUGCUGCUGGUCUUCUUCCUGGUCUCCUCCUUGGUGGAGGACGGCGUCCUGCAGAACCGGCGCCUGUGGCUGCUGAUCAAAGCGCUCUGCCGCUUCCGCUCCUCCAGCCGGUACCGGGUGUUGCAGCGGCAGCUGGAAAGGGAGGCGCUGUGGCCGCCCCUCCACGGGCGAGAGUGGGCGGACGGCAACCCGGCCUGUCUCAACGCGGCUUUCGAGCCGGAGGAGCCCGCCGCCCACCCGGGAAGCCGCCCCCGGCCAGCCAGGCGCGGCUCCGUGCAGCCAGAAGGGAGCAGCCGCGGGGACUCUCCCGCCCAGCCCCGCAAGGAGAGCCGUUCCUGA